GCGGCGCCGGGAGCUCGGCUGGGGUCGCGGCGGAGAUGCGGCGGCCGCCGGCGGAGAGACGCGGCGCGAAGCGAGGAAGCAGGACGCGGGCGGGCGAGCCCGGGGUCCGCACCUGCGCGGCCGGGAGCGGCCCUAGAGCUCUGAACAUGUGCCCCUGUCGAUGAACCCACAGUGAUCUGUGUGUUUUGCCUUCUCCCAGCUCAUGCACACUUCAGGUCUUGGUAACCAGAAUGUUUUGUCUAUUCGGGCUCAAACCGAUCACUGGGACAGGAACCGAUGUUAAGUGCCACAUGAUGUGUCAAGAUGAACCUGGGGAAACGGUGAGCUAUUGACUGGACUGCUUUUCUGGAUCUGCUGGUACUUCUUUUAAAAGUUUUAAAAGCUCCCCAGAGGAAACCUGAAACCCAGACUCUUCUCAGAAUAGGAUGGGGGAAAUUCUGAAGUUUUCAUUAAACACAUUUAUCCCUCAAGCUUUGGAAGGAGCCAAAAUGCCAAAAGCAAGAGUCCCAAAGCAUUGCCGACACUGGUGUAUGAUAUUCUGAUGAACGUCUAACAAAUUCAGCACAUGUCCCCUGGGCUUGACCGUUUGCUGGACAAACUUUCAGAAUAGUGAGGCAUCUUGGGAUUCAUCCCAUUUAGGAAAGACCUUUAACUACCAGCUGUCGUCUCAAUGUUCUUCAAAUAGUCAAGUCUGCUCGAGGUCCUAUCACUGUGGUCUGUUCUGAUGGAAGGUCCCCACCAGCGUGCAAUAGAAGGAUGACCUUGCUCCGCAAGCAGGACAACUGUGAAAGGAGCUGGGGGUGUCAAAGUCUGUGGGAAGAGAGAGCCACCUAGAAUGUCCCUGCCAAGCCAGUCACUGAAAGACCUUCUCCAGGAGGCCUCUAACAGAUCCCUGAAUGCUACAGAAACCCCAGAGACUUGGGGUCCAGGGACACUCCGGGCCCUCAAGAUCUCUCUUGCUCUGUUCCUUUCCAUCAUCACACUGGCCACGGUCCUUUCCAACGCCUUUGUGCUUACCACCAUCUUCCUCACCAGGAAGCUCCACACCCCAGCUAACUAUCUCAUCGGCUCCUUGGCCAUGACGGACCUCUUAGUCUCCAUCUUGGUCAUGCCCGUCAGCAUCGCCUAUACCAUCACCCACACCUGGAGCUUUGGCCAGAUCCUGUGUGACAUCUGGCUGUCUUCUGAUAUCACGUGCUGCACGGCCUCCAUCCUGCAUCUCUGUGCUAUUGCCCUGGACAGGUACUGGGCCAUCACUGACGCCCUGCAGUAUAGUAAACGCCGGACAGCGGGCCGCGCGGCCGCCAUGAUUGCCACCGUCUGGGUCAUCUCCAUCUGUAUCUCCAUCCCGCCACUCUUCUGGCGGCAGGCCAAAACUCACGAGGAGAUGUCAGACUGCCUGGUGAACACGUCUCAGCUCUCCUACACCAUCUACUCCACGUGUGGGGCCUUCUACAUCCCUUCUGUGUUGCUCAUCAUCCUCUAUGGCCGCAUCUACGUGGCCGCCCGGAACCGCAUCCUGAAUCCGCCUUCGCUCUAUGGGAAGCGCUUCACCACGGCCCAUCUCAUCACGGGCUCUGCGGGGUCCUCGCUCUGCUCCCUCAGCUCCAGCCUCCAUGAGGGGCAUUCCCAUGCGGCUGGCUCCCCUCUCUUUUUCAACCACGUGAAAAUCAAGCUGGCUGAUAGUGUCCUGGAGCGGAAGAGGAUUAACGCCGCUCGAGAGAGGAAAGCCACCAAAACCCUGGGGAUCAUUCUGGGGGCCUUUAUCAUCUGCUGGCUGCCCUUCUUUGUUGCAUCUCUGGUCCUUCCCAUCUGCCGGGACUCCUGCUGGCUCCACCCAGCGCUCUUUGACUUCUUCACCUGGCUAGGCUAUUUAAACUCCCUCAUCAAUCCAAUAAUAUACACUGCGUUUAACAAAGAGUUUCGGCAAGCAUUUCAGAAAGUGGUCCAUUUCCGGAAAGCCUCCUAGUCUUAUUUGGUGGUGACUCUUGUUAUCUUUUGUGACCUGUAACCCAACUGGAAUUGUCUUGUUUGUUUCUCCAGAGAUUUGGGCCAAUCCUGGGCUCUUGGGUUUUGGUUCCAUCAAUAGAAUUGUUCGGCGUUCUCUUCCUCCUCUUGUCUUCUUGACUUCGGUGCCACCAAAAGCUUUGUGAAGGGGGACAAGACCGGAGAUUCCACUUAUUAUUCCAAUAUUUUCACAGCUCCUCCAUGUUGGAAGAAAUGCGACCCACAGGAUUCCCCGUUGAUUCGAUUCAGAGGGGAAGCUGUCUGACUCUGUAGAAAGAUCCCAGGUACAAGUGGGAGGCUUUCUGGUUUACCUAAGUUUUGUAUGGAGCUCAAUGUAGGGUAGAUGAGGUGAAUGACCUGAGCCGAAAGAGAAUUGGGAGUCAGGAUGGAGGGGUCUCCAUUCCAUAUGGAGCCUUGAUUGGAAAAUAACACCCAGAUCAACUGCCAUGUAUCCUUCCUCCUUCCCCAGUAUCUCUGUACCACCUUAAUGUUCUGAAAAGUUAAAGACCACAAUCACCCUCCGUGAAGUAGAUCGACAGGCUUUGGACCCACCAAGCUUUGAGUGGGACACCAUUCUGAAUUUUGUUUUCUGAAUUAUUUUUUUACAUCCUGUUCUCAUCAGAGAUCUUAAGAUGUUGAGUCUUGUCGAAUAAAAAGCAUGAGACGUCA